UUUUCCACUGGCUGCUCACGUUUUAAUAGUUCAGUCCCACCAACAACUCACUUUGUGGGAUACUCUAUUAGGUGCGAGGUGUGAAUCAUUCAUCGUUAACGUUUUUUCACCUUUUUGGCCUUUUAAACGAAAUAAAAUACCGAAACCUAUUUAAAUUUGGUUAUUUUCGCCCUUUUUAAAAUUUUUGAGUACACUGAGUAAGGGCUAAUGAGAACACGUAAGUGUGUAUUCCAGUGAUUCACCCCUCGAUUAGGUUGCAUAUCCAUCUAUAAUUUUAUGCGAUUUUCGGACGCUUUAUAUCGAAUCCUAUUUUGUGCAGGAGAAAACGCGAAGGAAAAAAGGGCUGCAGCUGAUGCUAGGAAAAUUGACUGUGCUGCGAAGCUUAAGUCUGGCGAAUAUGUCAACACGCGCGUCAGUGGCAGCAGCAGCAAGGCUUGGGAAAUCUUUGCGAGAGUUAAAGUGGCUGCAACAGGCAAAGACACCGAGUUUGUACAGUGCCUGAAUGCAGAGUGUGGCCUCAUUAAAAUUUGCAGCCCUAACUCUGGCAGCCGGAAAUCCCUUGCAGAGCAUGUCUGCAAACCUAGGCCAGCGCCACCGAAACCAGGCUUACCAAGAAAUGUAAAGAGCAACCUAGCUGAACUGCUCGCUGAGCUUACUGGUGAAACUUUUGCCCCUUUCAAUCUUUGUGAAUCUGAUGCUUUCCAAAAAAUUGUUAGCUACUGCCUUGAAGUCGGCCAUGUGCACGGGGCGGAUGUUAAUGUAGAAGAAAUAAUUCCCAGCUCAAAAACCGUUGCAGAAAAAGUGCAAGCAAAGGCUGAUAAGGCUAGGGAGGACCUUCUGCAGGAGGCCAAGCCGGCAAUUGAGAACGGCCGUGCAUCUGGUACUGUUGAUGGGUGGACAGACAGCCAGCGCCAUAGGAAAUAUCUUGCUCAUACGGUUGCAUACAUUGAUGAAGAGUGGCGGUUGCAGGACCACAUAUUGAGUCUGCCGCACUGCAAUGCGGAAUCAGUGACGUCUGAAGUAAUAUCAGACACCCUAAAUAUGUCCAAGGUCCAGCUUGACAUUAAUCCACAAUCCAAGGUACAUUACACCACUGAUGAUGGUGCUGACAUUGUAUGUGCAGUGCGACUUAUGGAACAGGAGCGCUCCUACUGUAUGGAUCACUGCAGCAACCUGAUAGUCAAAAAGGCCAUGGAAGCUAAACUCACCACAAUAGACUUGUACGGGGUACUUGGAGGUCCAGUUGUGGACAAAGUUGCGGAGGCCGUCCGCAUUGUCCUAAGAUGUAACCAGAAGGAAGCAUAUCCUCUCAAGUCCAAACUCAAGCGCGGCCCAGUUAGCCGCUCUGGACAAAGGGUUUACAAGUCGUCUAUCCCAAUGUUGAAGGCUGCAAAGUUACAUUUCCCAAAGAUCACAAACGUUCUGGCUCACCUGGGCAAAGAAUCCGUACUGACAGGCGUUUCAGCAAAGGACAUUGAUGACAUUAUUGGUGUCGUUACCCCAAUUGAAGCCCUUGCCAACACCAAAGGGGCCAAGAAUGUGUUUGUGGCCUGUCACGAGGGAAAGCUGAAGGAGUUGACCACCAUUAAGACUGAAGACUCUCCCCUCAAAGUAGCUGUGAAGGGUCACAUCUCAGAGCAGUUAGGCAUCAUGCCACUACUGGUAUUAAUUCAGAAGCUUAAGGGAGUGGUAAAGUAUAUGAAAUCCAGUGGCCUCAACGAACAGCUUCAAGGAGGUACCUUAAAGCAAGAGGUUGACACACGCUGGAUGUCUGUCCUUCACAUGAUAAACUCCUUCUUUCCGCCCGCAAAAUCACCCCUUCCUGUUCACUGCAAAAUUGAUCAGAUCAAUGGUCUCCUGCGUGACCGCGGCAGGGAAAGCCAGGUCAUAAGUGAUGAAGAUAUCGUAAUAAUGGAGUCCAUUAUUCCGAUUCUGAGUUCAUUUGAGAAAGCUAUUAAGGAGUUCGAGGGAGAGUACGUGCCAACGAUUCAACAUGUUGUGCCUCAGUUUUUCCUGCUAAAAGAAAUCCUUCAGCCAAAGGUCAAUGACAUUGAAUUGGUUAAGAAAUUCAAGGCGUUGUUGUUAAAGCAGUUGGAGGCCAAGUACAAGACCAACAUAACUAUGCGCCACAAAAUUGGCAUGCUGCUGUGGCCCCAAUUUAAAACGCUUUCAAAGCUUUCUGAAGAAGAAAAGAAAGAGGUGAGUAGAGUACAAAUCUCUAUUGCUACCUUUUUUUGUUUUAAAAGGUGGGGUACAGGGCAGUCAGUGCAUGAGGCUGUGCGUUCCAUUAUGGAGGAACAAAAGAAUGCUAAUUCCGAAGGAACUCCUGCAGCUGAGGAUGAGGAGGUGGGAGCGGAGCCGCCAGACAAGCGAAGACGUGUGUCUACAAGCUCAUCUGACGAUGAUUACGCUCUACUUCAAGAUUCAGUCCCAGAAGUGGAGCACGACGAUGAACUUGAUCGGUAUUUGAAGCUCCAUCCCUCGCACUGCAAAGCUAAGUCCAAGGAACUUCUGAACUGGUGGAAAACCAAGGUUUGUGUACUAAGACGCAAAUUAUCAAUUUCAUUCUUACAGGCCAAGGACUUUCCUCUGUUAAGCGUAGUAGCCAAGAUCAUCCUUGCUACUCCAGCUUCCAGUGCUUCUGCAGAGCGGAAGUUCAGUGCGGCAGGUCUCCUAAUUACCAGCCGCAAAAAUGCGUUGCUUCCACAAACAAUCGAAGAUCUGGUUGUUUAUCAUGAUUAUCUCAUAAAGAAGAAAAAGGAGAAGAAUAAUUUGCUCUAGUUUGAGUUUGUUAAUAGGGAUUCCCUUGGAUGAAUUUAUUUUCGUUUUUUUUAAAGUUUGCUAGUUUAUUCUUCAUGUUAUUUUAGUUAUUUCUUCAGUGAUAUGUAAUUAAUUACAUAUGUGAUAUUAUUAUAAAGACCACAAAUAUAUAAGAUGUAUAUUAUGUCGAACGGGACAUUGAAAACAGUUUUGUUUGCUUCUUAUCAUAGACCUGAAGAACCCUCCCCCCUUUUUUUAACUCGGCGCCACCCAGACUUUUUCCACCCUUUCCCCUGGCGUGUGCCAGCCAGCCACGGCCAAUGGUUUUAAUGAACACUAAACUGAGCACCUAACCUAGACCCACCAAGCCUGCACCGUGCAGUGCAGCUCAGCUACAACGUAACGUAGAUCUCGUAAAAGCGUUGUCUGCAGCAGAAUAAUUUCGAGAGUCGUUUUUGUCACUCGGUCUCACUCGCACCUAUACGCAGUGCCCAUGAGCGCGAGAGAGACAGAGCGACGAAAGCGGUUAUUCCCUCGCCCCGGGCCGUCUCGGUUCCCCUGGCCAGCGCGCUCGUACUCGUCGCCCUGUCUCUCUCGCAC